GAGGGUUGCCAAGUGCUACUCACGUACGCCAUCAACAUAAUACAUUUAUUCUCUUAAAUUAUUCACCUGUCCGUCAUUUUGACAUUUUUGCCCAGCAAUGAAAAUGUCUUCCCUCCGCACGGAAGGCAGUAUUUGACCGUUGAUGCUGCUAUAUUGGAGAAUAAAUGAGAAAGUGAAGACAAAGGCAAGUUAGGUGAAGGCCAUGAGAGAGCGAUGUUAGAACAGUUGGUGAGACACGAACUGGGGGAGAAUGAAACGCAAUUCUCCAGUUUACAUGCGUAGUUCUCUCUUUAUAGACACCCCAUUGUACAGAGACACUUAGCAUGUAGUAGAUAGUGCCAAGAGGCAGCCAAGAUGUGAAGAACGAGAAGAGGCGGAGGAGCUGGGAGGUGAAGAAUAGAGUUAGUGGUGUCGUUAAACUAGACGAGCUUGUACCUGUUUGGGUAAUCAGCUGAUUGGAACGUGGUAACCAUCAACUAAGCGGUUAAUUGGAUCUAUGAAUGAUUGGCGUGAUAAUUAACUCGUACGUGCAUGUGCUGAUACUCCAUCAUGUCUCAGAAUUUCCAGACAAGCUACCAGCCCUUAGGAGGGGCGAGUGACAGAGAUGGAAUUUCUAGAGGAGAGGAUGGGGAGAGAGAUGAUGAUCUCUCCCCAGAUACACACACCAGUAUGGUAUUUCACGUUGUUCCCAAGUCCAGCAAGUCAAGGUGGAACCACCUGGAAGAUUUGGAUUCCUUCUUCACACGGGUGUAUCAAUAUCAUCAAAACCAUGGGAUGCUGUGUAUGAUGCUGCAACAGUUAUUCGAACUUGUUCAGUUUAUAUUUGUAGUUGUAUUCACCUCCUUCCUGUUUACUUGUGUAGACUACGAUAUUCUAUUCAGAAACAGAUCUCCAAAAAAUUUUAAUGCGACAGACAAAAUAACACUGCUUGAUGCUAUACGCACUUGUGAUGAAUGUUUGGAACACUUCAACUGGUUAUUGGUUUUCAUCAUUGUACUAUCAGUGGUAAUCUGGCUGCUUCGUCUUGUCCACGCUGGCUUCACCCUCUUCCAAUUCUGGGAAAUCAAGCUCUUCUUCAACAAGGCACUGGGCAUCCACGACAAUGACCUUGGCAAUAUUACAUGGGAAGAAGUGGAGCAGAGAGUGAUGGAAGUGCAGGUUGAGCAGCGUAUGUGUAUCCACAAGGAAGUUUUGACAGAGUUGGAUAUAUACCAUAGAAUUCUUCGCUUCACCAACUACUUUAAUGCAAUGGUCAACAAAGAAAUAAUUCCACUUAAGUUUGAGAUGCCCUUCUCUGGAGAAAUGGUCUUUCUCACAAAAGGCCUGCGCUACAACAUAGAAAUGCUACUUUUUUGGGGACCAUGGGCACCAUUUAAGAACAACUGGCACUUAAGUGAUGAAUAUAAGAGACUGGAGAAACGACAAGAGCUGGCAGAGGAACUUAGUAAAAGAUUUCUCUAUGUUGGCAUUGCAAAUCUUGUCCUCUCACCUUUAAUAUUUAUUUUCCAGUUCCUCUAUUCUCUCUUCAAUUAUGCAGAAAUGAUAAAACGUGAACCUGGUAGCUUGGGAAGUCGUCGUUGGUCUCAUUAUGGGGAAGUGUACCUACGGCAUUUUAAUGAACUUGAUCAUGAGAUGACAGCACGUCUUAACAGGGGCUAUAAAGCUGCAUCACAAUACAUGACAAUUUUUUCUUCUCCUAUCAUGGCUGUAGUUGCUAAACAUGUUGCAUUUGCAUGUGGGGCAUUAUUUGUUGUCUUGGCAGGUUUGAGCAUAUAUGAUGAGGAUGUUUUACAAGUUGAACAUGUGUUGACAUUUAUGACUAUUUUAGGGGCAGUUCUUGCUGGAUGUCGUGGCUUUAUCCCUGCUGAAAAUCUGGUAUUCUGCCCAGAACUGUUAUUGAGGAGGGUUUUGGCAGAGGUGCAUUACCUCCCAGAUCACUGGAGAGAAAAGGCUCAUACAUCCAGGGUUCGUCAGGAGUUCUCUCAACUAUUCCAGUACAAAGCUGUGCACAUAGUGGAAGAAUUAGUGUCACCCAUAAUUACCCCUCUCAUUCUCAUCUUCAGGCUGCGUUUCAAAGCUUUAGACAUUGUAGAUUUCUAUCGCAAUUUUACAGUAGAAGUUGUUGGGGUUGGUGAUGUUUGCUCCUUCGCCCAAAUGGACGUUAGAAGACAUGGUAGUCCAACAUGGCAGCCAGAUGUUCUGUCAGAGGACCUCAACCAACCAGACAGCUCAAGUAAACCUGGUAUGACGACAGAUGGUGGCAAAACUGAGCUUUCUCUCAUUCACUUCACAAUGACAAAUCCCAAAUGGAGACCUCCAAAAGAAUCCUCUGCUUUUAUUACUGCUCUAAAAACACAAGUUCAGAGAGAUAUGAAUGCUCUAACAACACUACAGGAAGAAAAUGCUCUCUUCUCUUCCUUGAACUCUCUGUCGUGUGAUGGCCUUGGUAUGGUAGCUACUAGCAUGUUCCGCCCUCCCUGGAUGAUGGGUGGACCUCAGAUUGGUGGGCAGCUUCAACAAUCCUACUGGCCACCCAUAGGUCUGCGGGGUAGGAUUUCACGUGUUGAAGGUUCCCGCAAUGGUCCCAGUGGUGGAAUAUUAUCAUCCAUACAGCAAAUGGGAUCAAGUGUAGAGGGUCCACUCGGGACAAGUACCAUGACUUCAGGUCCCAUUAUUGAUCCAGUUCUUGCCCCUAGUACUAUUGGCCCUUCAUCAAUUAUUGGUCGAAGUUUAAUGGCGCCACUUCCUCAGGAUCUCACUGCUGUAAACAUGAGUCUCAGUACAUUGUAUCUGCAUGAGCUGCAUCAGCGACACCGCCACCGGGCCAUGUACACUGACACCCCACACAAUCCUUCAGUAUCCCAGGGUCCUCAAGCUGGAGUUUUCCACUCUGUUCCUUUCCAGGGCAGGCCUCCUCCAGACAGUGAAGCUGCACCUUCAGUGUCAUUCCAGCGUGCACAAGAGAAGACUCCAUUGUUAGCUGACCCUUGAAUGAGCUGAAUACUUAAAUACUGUAGUUCACAGUGUGGAUUUUAUGCUUGGCCAGAAUAGUUGUAGCACCAGCAGGGGUUUGAAAGGCUGGCUCUGGCUCUGCAAUAACUCAAAUGCCAAACUGUUGGGCACAAUAUUUGCAAGUUUUGAGAAAUAUCUAUUAUCUUCUGUUUAAUAAACAGGAAAAUGUAAUAAACUAGCCCAGCAGAUUUGGCUUCUUAAAAUUAAGUUGAAAAAAAAAAUUGAAUUUUUAACUUUGUGACAGUUGUUUGUAAAUGAUAAUAAACUUGAAGACUUUUAUUGUGUAUAAAAUGUAUCAUAAAAUAAGAAUUUUGUAUUUUCUUAAAAUUACAUUGAUCAUAAUUUUUGUGCAUUGAUAUCAUUAUAUGCGUGUGAAUGAAUUUUGAAGUCUGUUUUUCAGUAAUGCUUUGUGAAAAUGCUGUUUUCUUUGUAAAUAAUUUGAAUAAAUGAUUCUAUGAU